GCCCCCCUACCGUCUAUAUAUUGCCUGGGCGCUUCCCUUCCGCUGGUCGCCGUUCUGUUUCUGCCAACACACAUUGUUGAUUUUUCUCGUCGCUCUUUGAUCCAGCCUGAAGUUCGCAGAUUCAGCUGGGAACAUCUCCGUUCCAACUCUCGUUCUCUUCCGGGACUCGCAUUCUUCACCCGACUCUCGAUCAUCCUCCAGACGACCGGCGAGCAAGAUGUCUCUGCAACGCGUUACGUCCCUCGAAACAUUCAUGACCUAUCCCCAGGGGUUCUAUGGUUGGGCAUCUUGGACUCGGGUCCACAAGCUCACCUUCAACCCACUCCCGGAAGAAUGGGAUCCUGAACCGACGAUUGAGCGACCCCAAACGAUCGCAGCGUUCAAUGUGUCGAGAUGGAAACGACUGCUUCAAGUUAUCGCCAGCAUCGUCUGCUGCCUUCUGGCAGCGGGCGUCAUCUUCGGCUACGGGGCGCUUAAGCCGGUGCUCAAGUCCGAAGGAGCUUAUCGACAGCGCUGCGCUAUCCCCAACGGUUUGCCCAAGGAUGAGGAGAUAUGCAUCGAGAUGCACCUCAACUUCAUGUUCACCAUCGCUGUCGUGGCCACCAACGUUGCCGCUCUGCCGGUUGGCGCCAUUCUCGACCACUACGGGCCGCGUGUGUGCGGCCUGCUCGGAAGCCUGCUCCUUGCGUUCGGCGCCGUCUUGAUGGCGUUUGAGAGCCGGCUGCCAAUUGACGGCCUCAUGCUCGGGUACCUCUUGUUGGCUCUCGGCGGCCCGUUCACAUUCAUGUCAUCUUUCCAACUCUCCAACGCAUUUCCUCGCCAUUCCGGACUCAUCCUGGCCCUUCUCACGGCUGCCUUCGACGCCUCCAGUGCGGUGUUCCCGAUCUUUCACUUCGCCUACCGAGCAACCGAGGGUGCUUUCACACGACGGACCUUCUUUCUUGUCUACCUGAUCGUCCCUGCCGUGAUCGCCCUGCUACAGCUCACGCUGAUGCCGGCGCGUUCGUACAAGACGGCGGGCGAACUGGUUGGUGAGGCCGACGACGCCCUCUUCGACGAAUUUGCCAGCAAAAUUUAUGACGACGAAGAAACGCCGCUUCUCCACGCACAGCAACGGCAGCACUGCGCCUACCUGAUCGAGGGAAUGGAAAACGUCCUCGGUGCAGAAGCAUACGCCGACCGCGUCACGCGAGAGACCUCCGUCAACAACGCCUCGGGCGUAUGGGGCUCGCUACAUACCUUGUCGGCCUCGGAACAGCUCAAAUCCCCUUGGUUCGUCCUGAUUUGCUUCUUCACCGGUACGUAUUUUCUCCGUCUAUCUCCAACUUCCUUCUUGGCCCUCGCGCCCAAACCCGCUGACCACGGUCGUCCAUAAAAUAGCCGUCCAGAUGACCCGCAUCAACUUCUUCAUCUCAACGAUUCGGCCUCAAUACGACUACCUCCUCGGCUCACCCGACGCCGCGGAAGCACUCAGCAACUUUUUCGACGUGGCUCUGCCUCUCGGCGGCAUCCUCGCGAUCCCCAUCACGGGGUACGUUCUCGACCGCAUCCACAACCCGAACAUUCUCGUCAUCCUCACGGGCGGCGCCACGAUCAUCGGCUGCCUCGGAUUCGUACCGCGCUCGCCCGUCGCCGCGUACGCGCACGUCGCGCUCUUCGUCCUGUUCCGCCCG